GUUAAACAUCAUAUUUUAGGUAAGAAAACAGCGCUUAAAAACACUUUAUGCAGCCGUCGAAAACGUCUGAAUUAUUUACAUAAACCUAAUGACGAAAUCCGCUCCAGACCUGUUAUAGCCUGAUUACUACGCUCCGAUUGGCUGAUUCACUAAUGCCUCUUGCCUUAAAAUCACACCUAAAUUCAAUAAAUCCUCUCUCAUUGCUUAUAUUAUCCCCCUCAAGUGGUUUCAAAUUAGUCGGGACUGACUGGGAAUGCCUUUAUUCAUUUAACCUUCAGUUCAACCGGCUCGCAGUGUCGCACUUUGACACAGAUGCUUCAGUCGGAGCCUCGUCCUGUUCUGGUGGUUUAAGCUAAUUAGCAUAACAGUCUGACCUGUGUGCAGUUUAGCUAACACUAACACAUAAAAAGACACUUUAUGCAGUCAGAAAUUUAACAUAUAAGUCUAAAACCUUUAUGAUAGUUGGAUGCUUCCCGAGAAAAGAAGACACUUCAUCUACCUGUAAAUCAUAGUACUUGCAUUAGUUGAAUUUUCUCACAGUUAUGUAAUGAUUUAAAAGGUGACAGGGCAUGGGGCUGUCAUGUCUCCUUGAAUGCAGCCUGAAUUCACAGUAAAACUCCAUGAUCCUUACACCAGCAGCUGCUCAUAUUAUGUAUCCCACCCCCUGUUAACAGCCAUCAGUGUGGCUCUCAAUGUCCCUCACACCCCCUUCUUGUCACAGCAGGUUAAACAAAUCUCCUAAACACUGCAGGCUUGUUUCUGUCUUGUCCCGAAAGGAGCAGCAGUAGCAGCUCUGUGGUGUUUGUCUUUUGGUUGGUGACAGCAGGGGAACAUGUGGUCAUGAAACGGCCAAUGCCGAGCCCAGAGCUGGUGAUCAGCACUGUCAGAGCAGCAGUAGCAGCAGCAGCAGUGCUGGCAGCGGAGAGAAGAACUCUGCCUUCCCCCCUGCAGAAAGCUCAAAGACAAGGAGAGAGAGAGAUUUGGUUACAAGAGCGGAGGAUGAGGAUGCAGCGGGAAGGGGACGUUGCAGAGGAGGCUGCAGGGAGGUGAAAACAAACAGGAGGACAGGCUGUGUGAGCCAGGUCUGAAGAUGUAGGAGCUGCAUCAGAGGAGCCCUCUGCACGCACAUAACAUCACAGGACUUGUUGUGUUUCAAGGAUAGUGAAGGUGGAGAGGCGCAACCUGAGAAGUCCCCCCUCCACCUCCAAAGGGGAUGACAAAUUAGUCCUAAUUCAGCCAGGAGCGAGAGCAUCACCCUGAGGAUCAGAUGUUGUCCACAGCUCAGCAGAUGCUGCAGGAUAGCCGCUCCAAGAUUGAGCUGAUCCGACUGCAGAUUAUCAAAGUCACCCAGGCUGGCAGCAGCAGUAGCAGCGGCGGCGGCGAUGUUGGCAGUGUUGGUGGUGAUGCUGGCGGAAAUCCUGACAGCUCCACUCAUGGAGGGUUCUGUCCACCUGCCGUCUGUCCGGCAGACGCCCGCUUGGCGGAGUUGAAACAUUACAUGCAGAGAGAGUCGGACGCGGUGGUGUUGGCCCGAGAUGUGGUCAAGCAGCUGGAGGGAAUCUCAUCACUGGACCAGAAGGCACUGACUGAGGCUCAGUCCCGGCUGCAGGAAUCCUCCCAGAAGCUGGAUCUUCUACGUCAGUCUCUGGAGAAAUACCUGAAGGAGAAGAGUCAGCAGCCUGAGGAGCCUUCAGCUGAAGCCCCCUCCCCCCAGAAGCCCAGACCGGAGGGUCCCCUGUCCACGUCCACGUCCGUCCUCUCCAUCAGACCGGCCUCCUUAACAGGCAAACUUGAAGUCCGACUUCUGGGAUGUGAGGAUUUGCUGAAACCACUGACAAAUUCAGGUCAGGAAACUCACCUGAAUCCCACUGGAGAUGGUUCACCUUCCACCGACAGGACAGACAGUCCCUCUGAGGUCAGCGCUGUCCUCCGUCUGGACAGCAGAGUGGUGGGGAGGACUCACUGGGCAGCCGUCGGAAAACUGACCUGGGAUCAGACCUUCUGCAUCCAGCUGGAGCGGUCUCGAGAGCUGGAAGUGGCCGUUUUCUGUCGGGCUCAGAGCGCAAUAUGUGCGGUGAAGUUCCUGCGACUGGAGGAGAUGAUGGACAACCCGAACCUCAGUCAGGGUUUAAGUCUGGAACCACAGGGCCUCCUCUACGCCAAGCUUCAUUUCAUGGACACUGUUGUCGAGCGGCAGCCAAAACUAAGACGUCAGAGAUGCAUCUUCACCAAAGAGAGAGGGAAGAACUUCCUGCGAGCGGCUCAGAUGAACAUGAACUUUGCCACGUGGGGUCACCUGAUGAUGAGCAUCCUGCCUCGUUACAGCUCCUUCAGCACCUUCAGCUCCUCCCUCUGCACCACCCCCGACCUGGUGACCAACAACUGCCCCCGACCCCCCGACAAGGAGCCUCAGACCCCGACGCCACUGCCAAGUGAUGCUCCAGUGAUCAGACUCAGCAUCACAGAAGAUCCACCGCCUCCAACCGGCCUCAACAGGGAAACAUCAUCUGUGCCUGAACUGCAACAAAACAUGUCGUCCAUGAACAGCACAGAUGGAAGUGAGGAUCAGCCUGUAUCUGCUCUGAAGAUGCAGAUGGAAGACUUCAGAUACAUUUCAGUUCUGGGUAGAGGCCACUUUGGGAAGGUCCUGCUGGCUGAGUUUAAGAAAACAGCAAAGCUUUAUGCCAUCAAAGCCUUGAAGAAGAGAGACAUAGUGACUCGUGAUGAAGUUGACAGCCUCAUGAGCGAGAAAAGGAUCUUUGAGAUGAUCAACGCCUCCAGACAUCCGUUCCUGGUCAACCUCCACGGCUGCUUCCAGACCAGCGACCACGUCUGCUUCGUCAUGGAGUACUUACCGGGUGGAGACCUGAUGAUCCACAUCCACAACGACGUCUUCACCGAGGCCCAGACCAGGUUUUAUUCUGCUUGUGUCCUGCUGGGUUUAGAGUUCCUUCAUCUGAAUAAAAUCAUCUAUCGAGACCUGAAGCUGGACAACCUGCUGAUGGAUGCGGAUGGAUUCGUCAAAAUCACAGACUUCGGACUUUGUAAAGAAGGGAUGGGUCACGGGGAUCGGACCUCCACCUUCUGCGGGACCCCAGAGUUCCUGGCACCUGAAGUCCUGACAGACGACAACUACACCCGGGCCGUGGACUGGUGGGGGAUGGGCGUCCUCAUCUAUGAGAUGCUGGUGGGGGAGUCUCCGUUCCCUGGUGAGGAUGAGGAGGAGGUGUUCGACAGCAUCGUUAAUGACGACGUGCAGUAUCCAGGAUGUCUUCCUCCAGACGCUGUCGCCGUCAUCCAAAAGCUACUGAAGAAGAACCCACUGAAAAGACUCGGAGCUGGAGAACGAGACGCAAACGAGCUCAAAGGAGAGAAGUUCUUUGAGACCAUUGACUGGGAAGCCCUUCUGGCCAAGAAGCUCAAACCUCCGUUCCUGCCGGCGAUCAAAGAAUCCCUGGACGUCAGUAACUUCGACAGUGACUUCACUCGCCUCCAGCCCAUCCUGUCGCCUCCGUCCAAACCCUUCAGCCUGUCGGCCGAGCAGCAGUCGGCCUUCGCAGACUUCGACUUCUGCGCUUCGCACGGAUGAACGGUUGUAUGAAAAGAAGACCAGGGUGGGAAGUCACCAACGUCACUAUUACAUAAAAUUAAAGUUACAUUUUGAUUUGUCAGAGGAAUACGACAAGGAUUCACAAAAACAUGGCACAAAUAUCAGAAGUAUUUUCACCUCAGAGCCAAAAAACAUGAGCUUCCUCUUAUUAUCACCUUUCUUUUUGCCUUUUAAAUACAUUAUUUUUUAGUGUUUACAACCGUACUUUCUUCAGUUUCUCCUCAAACAUAUCAUUAGCCUCAUAGCAUAAAAGUCAUACACUAUGUGGACAAAAGUAUGUGGACAUGUUGAGUUCAGGUGUUUCUUUUCUAACAGGAGUCU